AGUCACGGAAUACGCAUGCGCAAGGCGUGGCUUAACGAGGAAAUUUAGCUCGACUUGCUAUCGAGCUGCAACUAAUCUGGUUUCAUAAAAACAUGGACCAGAAGAUUCCGUAUGAUGACUACCAGCUACCAGUUGUGUUCCUCCCAUCUUACGAGAGCCCACCAGCAUGGAUCCCCCCGCAGGAGAGGAUCCAGCACCCGGACUACAACAAUGAGCUCACACAGUUCCUACCACGCACCGUUGUACUGAAGAAGCCUCCAGGUGCUCAGCUUGGCUUCAACAUUCGUGGCGGCAAGGCCUCCCAACUCGGGAUAUUCAUAUCCAAGGUGGUCCCAGACUCGGAUGCUCAUAGAGCAGGACUACAGGAGGGAGACCAGGUUUUGUCUGUCAAUGAGGUGGACUUUCAAGACAUUGAACAUUCGAGGGCUGUAGAAAUUCUGAAGAGCGCACGGGAAAUCUUGAUGAGAGUCCGCUUCUUCCCUUACAAUUAUCAGAGACAGAAGGAGAGGACUGUCCACUAGGUGGCAGCAGAACAGCACGAAGAUGAACCGACCAAAACAAAAACUAAAGCCCCCUCUUGGCGGACCGACGCAACAGCAUGUCAUCAAUCUUGAUCACUGCACUGCUGCCUUCAUUCACCCUCUGCUUUGUGACCAUUCAUCAGUCUCUUUUGGAAGGAUACCUCCCAGGUUUUAGAAAAUAGAUGAAUAGAUUACAAGAGUUUCAUUUAUUUAAAUUAAUCAAAAUCCCUCGCACACUAAACUUUUCCACUCAUGCUCAGUUCCUUCGUACCAUCGUUCUGAAUAAGAAAAUCAACGUUCAUAGUCAAAUUUGGUCUUCUGUUUCAAAGAAUAUCAGGUGCUUGAUAAGCACUACAAAGGUUACCUGAGGCAAUGCCACUUGACACGAUUUUACAUUACUCAUCUUGAAGCAGAUGCCCAACUAGUUACUGAGAAACAGUGUUUCCUUUAAAAGAAGAAUUGUCUUGUUUAAUUCUUGACAAAUCAUUUCACCAACCAGGACAAGUACAAGUUGGAUUUACUCAAGCCGUUAAACAAUUAGUACUAGCCAUAAACUUUUUUUUUGUGUGUGUAGAACAAACAAGUAUGAAUAUGCAGACAUAUCACGAAACCACUUGUCUUACUUAUACUUGACUGGGUAAUAUAAUUGAUUAUAGUAUUUAUAUUGUCAUGGUAUAUAACUUCAUUAACUGGUGUAUAAAAUGAUUAUCAAUCAUAAAUAAAGGCAUUAUUUUGCCACAUUUUAUUUCAGUUCA